CGAGUUCGUGUCCGCGACUGCGAGCCCGACUUAUCACUUGCUUUGCUUGGACAGUAGCCAAACGCCAGCCAUCUACCUAGAGAUCAUCAUGGAUGUUAGCUUCCGGAAGAUUGACAUUGACCAGUAUGACGAGGACGUACUUCUGGAGAGCGAGCUGUGUGAGCCCGAUCCGCGCGACCCCGCGCAGGUCCUGAACGACGCGAAGCAGAAGGCGGCGGCGGUACGGCAGUCUUUGGCAAGAGGGGAUAUCGCAGGAGCCUUGACCACCGCGCUUGAAGAUGCACCAUACGGGCCGCAUGUCGACGAGGCGAAGAACCUCACUCUUCAGACGGUUGUCUCGAUACUCAACAGCACCAAGUCGACGGAAAUCCCUAACAUCGUUCGCGCACUCUCACCAGAUGCGCAAGACGUCCUCAUGAAGUACUUGUACAAGGGCAUGGCGAUGCCUGGGUGGGGGGACGUCAGCGGCAGCGUGUUGCUUGGUUGGCACGAAAAGUUGACAGAGGCUGCGGGGACAGGGUGCAUCGUGCGGGCGAUGACGGACAGGAGGCUUGUAUGAUAGCGAAGGAACUGUAACAACAUACGAAAUGGUUCAACAUGCUCAGUGACUCAACGACCCCGCGACGUGACAGUUUGAAAAGUGUAACAACGCCAACCUACAUUUGAUGUACACGAUUGUACCGACUAAGAA